GUGAUUUCACCAAUGGUGAACUGACUAUGGGUUGGACAGAUCGAUUGUCCAUUUGUCCCUAAAACUGUAUUCAAAGUUUGUAUCAUCAAUAUCAAGACCUUCUUUGGAUUCAAUCUUCGUCUCAGUCCCAGUCAGCAGCUUCGCCGGGUGCCGACCGUCGUCCAUUACUCCUCUCCUCAGGUUUCAGUGAAAAGUGAAUAAAAAUUGGGCAUUUUCACAUGGGGGAGGGUGAUGCUAAAGGGGCUGACAAGAGAAUAGUUUUUGUGACCGUUGGAACUACUUGUUUCGAUGCUCUAGUUAAAACUGUGGACACUGCUGAAGUUAGGAAAGAGUUGUUCAAGAAAGGCUAUACUGAUAUUAUUGUUCAAAUGGGUCGUGGAACCUAUGUUCCCACAAAGUCUGCUUUAGAUAAUGGAUCCCCGGCACUGGACUAUUUCACUUUCUCAUCGAGCAUAGCCGAAUAUCUGAAAUCAGCAUCUCUUGUUAUUAGCCAUGCAGGUUCAGGAAGCAUAUUUGAGACAUUGCGAUUAGGCAAACCAUUGAUCGUCGUAGUCAAUGAAGAUUUAAUGGACAAUCAUCAAAGCGAGCUAGCAGAAGAACUUGCGGAUAGAAAGCAUUUGUUUUGUGCACGUCCCCAGACGCUAUAUGAAACCAUCGCGAGCAUGGACUUGCAGUGUGUUGUUCCAUAUCAACCCGGUGACACUAAGCCAGUAGCUAAACUCAUUAAUAGGCAUCUUGGUUUUCCUGAGGAAUGAUCUGAUGAUGGUUCAAAGGAUCCGUGAUACGGUCUCACACAAAUUUAAUUUUUGCCGUGUAAGAAAUAUGUUUUAAAAACUACCUUGGUUGGGAAAAAAAAAAAAAACUCAUUUAAAAACUACAUUCUAGGAUUCAAAGGUUUGAUGUGGUUGUUUAACUAAUGUGUGGUAAUUAUUAGGCUAAGAAAAGUCUUUAUCCCUUUUGUCAUCUUCUUUUGGAUAAGAUCAUGAAUUAAUCAAUGUUUUGCGACUA